AUGCGUUCGGUGAAACAAGUGAAGAGAACGCAUCGUGUACGUUCGAUGAAAAAUGCAGCCGCAUGCAAACGUCAAGCAUAUCGUCGUCGAAUGCAAGCAAAACAAAAUUGGUUGCGUACUGCUGAGGAAGUGGCAGAGCGUCAAAGAGUAAGAGAGCAACGUCGACACGAAAAAGAGUUGGCCAAACAAAAGGCUUCAACGUCUGCACUACCAAAACCAAAGAAGAUCAAGAAAGAGAAGAAACCAGUAGUUGCUAGCGUUAUUUUGGAGCCAAAAAAGUACGAGAAACAACAAAAGCAACAACAACAACAGCAGCAGCAGCCACCAAAAGAAAAGCUUAAAACUGAGGAUGAAAAAGGUAAACAGCAACAACAGCAACAACCAUCUAAAGAAUCACAAAAGGACAGUAAACCGGUGACUCAAAAAGAGAAACCAAAAGAUGACAAAAAGAAAAAAGAGUCAACAAAAUUGGUGGAUGGCGGCGAAAGAGUGGAAUCAAAAGGCAAGAAACAAAAAGGGCCAUCGCCACCGAUAAUUUCAGCAGACUCUGGAACGAUCGCAAAAGAAACUGACAAAGAGAAGGGCAAAAAACGAGGUAAAGAGGAGCUACGUGAAGAGGAACGUCAGUCAAAGAAAGACGUACCAAAAGAGGAUGAGAUUAAAAAAAUCCAUAAUCGUCCCAGUGAAAACGCUAACGAUGCGAUACAGCAAUCGCAUGGUGCAUUUGCUGCAACUGGAGCGGAAACAUUCCAAAAAAUUAAGCAUGAUGAUUUACUGAAUGAAAUGGAUGUGGUAAAAGAGGAUGUCAAUAAGUCGUUGGUUGCACCAGCGAAGCACGACGACGAUGAAUUGAAGCAUGAUCGUGAUUCCGAAGUGAAAGCAGACAAAAAGCAUCAUCGCAAGCAUAAACAUGAUGAUUUACUGAAUGAAACGGAUGUGGUGAAAGAGGAUGUCGAUAAGCCGUUGGUAACACCAGCGAAGCACGACGACGAUGAAUUAGAGCAUGAUCGUGAUUCUGAAAUGAAAGCAGACAAAAAGCAUCAUCGCAAGCAUAAAGUUAGUGGUGGGCGUCAUUCAGAAUCUGAAAAACAUCAUGCGCCUGAGACGCACAAACAGCUGCAACAACCGUCAGAUGAGACAGUGAUCGAGCCAGUUCCUGGAACUGAUGCAGUUACACAUGAAGUGCAACCAGAUGUCGGUAAUGAAUUGCCGAAAAAACAUAAGAAGAAACGAAAUCGAAAGUCUGAAAGUGAGCAUCAUUUGCCAUCACCGGAUGAGGUUCAAUACGUCGAAGGUGAUUCGGUUGAGUUGAAUGACGCAGAACAAAUUGAAGGUGGUGAAUUUACAGAAGUGAUCAGUCGUCAUCAUAAGAAAAAGAGUCGCAGUUCAGAAUCAGAUGCAAUGCAUGACGAGAAGUCUAACACAACUGCGACUGAGGGAGAAGAACAACAACAAGAAGAGGAGAUUCCGAACUCAGUCAAGCCCAUAUUGCCAUCCAGUGACUUUUCGGGAGCAGUUGAAGAGCGUCUCGUUGGGGUUGUUGAACCUGCUGCGGAGCAACAACCAUCGUAUGACGUUGACGAACAAGAAACGUUUGUAAAAGCAACCGAGCAAAUCAAACGCGAUGAUAAGAGCGAAGAAAUGACUAUUAAUGAGUUGGAAUCUGAAUUACGAGAACAGCAUCCGAAUGAAGCGAUUGCUGCUGAAUUUCAACAUCCUCCUGUUCAAAGUGCUGUUGAACCGUCCAGUGAUCAGCAGUCAUCUGAAUUCAUCCCUAGAACUGACGAUCGUCAUCUCAUCGAGGAAACAUCAAAAAUUGGUGAAAAUUCACCAGAAGUUUUUGACUCAAUGCUGAGUGAAAAUAUAAAAUUAGUACGAACUUCGCAUGAAGAGCAACCAGUUGCGGCGGAUGAAGGUCAUGUGAAACAAGAUGAAGAAGCAUUACCAGUGGAAGAAGAAAAAAUUAAAGAACAAGUUAUCGAUGAGCUCAGAAAGAAUGAACCUGAUGAGUCAACGACGUUCACCAAACAAACAGAAGGCGAAAAAAACAAGCAAAUUUUGCCCGAAAGUUUAGGAGGAACGCUGGAUUUCGAUUCAUCGAACGCUGAAUCAUCAGAUUUGAUAGGGGUGGGUUCUCUGAGUGAAGAGGCACCGAAACCAGAUGAGACUGAAACAAACAUCUUCAAGGAACCACCACAAGCAGCAACCGAUGAGCAACCACCAUUUCAAGUGGAGCAACAUCGAAUGAAGCGUGAAGAAAAAGCGUCAUUAAAGGGACAAAAGGAAGACAGGGAGGAUGAAAGGGGUCAGUCAACAACUCUAAUGGAAGAAAACAGUGAGGAGGUGCCGAGUGUACAAGAAAAAACAUCAGCACGAACAGAAGGACACCCAGAAUUGCUAUCAUCGAACGUUGAGCCAUCAGAUUCGGCAUGGAUGGAUUUUCUAAGUGAUGAAACACCGAUGCCAACUGAACCUCAGUCAGAAGCAGAGGCACUUGAGGAUCAGUCGCAAACAAUUAACGAGCGACUACCACUUGAAACAGAUGAAAGUCUAGUGAAACAUGAAGAGGAUGCAUUAUCGAAAGAACCGGGAAAGGUGGAAAACGAACCUAAAUCUGACGAAUUAGCUGCAGUUGAAGAGGAAACUAGUGAUAAAAAGUUUCCAAGUGAACAAGAAGCUUUGGAAAGAAUUGAAGAAAUGCCAGCACAAGGAGAAUUGCAAACAUCGAAGAUUGAUUCA